AUGGAGCCCAAUGUACUGUCCGUGCUGCAGCAACUCACGUCAAACCCACAACUCGUCGGUCAGCUGCAGAACCUGCUGACGGUCCUGUCACACUCCGACCAGGACGUCACCACGAGCCAGGCGAUGACGGCUAAAGCUGCUGCAACAACGCUGGGUGGAGCACCGUCAUCAGCGCUUGCCCCGGCUUCAUCGCCAGUACAUGUGGGGGAGCAGCAGGGCAUGAUUGCGACCGCGCGUCGCGGAUCGACUCAGACGGUGUCAACCACGAGCUCUGUGCAUCAUGGUGAGACGAACAGCUCGCAGUUGUUGCAUCGGACGGCCGAAACGUUUACGGGCGAGGGUGUCUCGCUUCAGCGGUACGAGAAACUGUUGGGGCGCUGCCGCCAGCUUGAGAAGGGGCUGGAGCAGAAAACACGUGAGGCCGCCGAUGCCACCCAACGUGUGGGUCAGCUGGAGCGGGAGACGACACGUCUGAUGCGGCGGGUGGAGCAGCUUCUGGGUGCCGUGGAGGGGAAGAAGCAGAAGUUGGACGAGACAGAGGCAAAGCACAGGCUUGAGCUUGCCGAGAUAGAGAAUAGGCAUGAAUUAGAGCUUCGAGCAAAGGUGGCCUCGCAUGAGGAGGCACUGCGUCGCCUGAUGGAGGCGCGGCGACUGAUGACAACCGCAGCGCAGUACGAGCAGACGGUUAGGCACGCUGCUGCAGGACAGCAGGCCUCUGCCGCCACGGCCACCACGCCUAUGAGCAAACGCGGCCUCAGGUCCCUCCCCGGCAGCUCCGUCAAGCAGCCGCCGCAGUUGCUGCAGGGCAAUGAACGCGGCAAUGAGCACGAAACGGAUGCAGACGAAAGGGCUGCGUUUCUUCCCCAUGGCAGCAUGCCGGUGAAGCGGGAGCGGGACCAGCCAAAUAGUUUUUCACCCGCCAUUCCACGCAAGAAGCGGACGCCCCGCACGCCGAGUCUAACGGCAGCCGAUCGUGUCGCCACCGCGACGGCCACCAGCACCGCCAGUGCCACGUCAUAUCCAAAGACAACGUCGCAGUCGGUAAAGGUGGAGUAUGACUCACCACAGGUGCGCCCUGGGGCUGUCGCCUCCGCCUUUGCGGAGGAUCGGUAUUUGACGAAGGCGCGUCAUCCGUCGAGCUCCACUGUGUCCCCUGGCCCUGCAACGAGCACCAUCACGGAAGCCAUGGCCCGUCAUCAUCAUCAUCAUCAGCAACAGCAACAACAACAACAACAACAGCAACGUGAUGCCAUGCACAACGUGGAGUCUAGGUUCAUUACACAGUAUGGCACGGCUCUGCUGCCACCUGCUCCCUCGCUACCUUCACCGCCACCGCCACCGGUGUCUAACUCUGCAACCACGAGUCUAGCGGCGCUGAGCCGCACCCCGCGACAGCGGGAAUUGCCUAAUGGUCAACUACAGCAGCAACGGCUGCGUAGUGGGCAGCGCAGCGGCACCUCCUCGGCUGUAGGUGGACCAACGCGCUCACCUUCGCCUGUGAACCCAAAGCGCGGGGCGGAGCAGCCGCGCUGCUUUGUCAUAACAAGCCUCACAGAGGAGGAGCGUGCACGCGUCAAGGCGGCAGUUGCAGCGGUUGGGCAGAAUGGUGUUGUGGUGGAGAGCGACUAUGAGGAUCCACCGCCGUUUACGGCGACGCACAUCGUCGUGCGCGGGCCGCCACGUAGCAUGAAGGCUCUGUGCGGUGUGGUGGGCUCAAAGUGGCUUGUGCAGCCGGAGUACAUUUACGCCUCUCGUGAUGCUGGUUUUUGGCUGGACGAGUACGAAGAGGGCGGGCUGCGUUGCUUUCCGCCCCCUCUCAAGUGUCAGCGCUUUCUUCUUACCAUGCCGGAGGGCAUCGUCAAGGAGAAACUGGAGCAGGUGAUUGAGUACGGCGGGGGGGAGGUGGUGCGCCCGGCACGCGAUGGGCGGUCGUACGACCAGGGCGUUGUUGUCAUUGCCUCCGGUGACGAUCUUCUGCGAUUUGCCACCCGGAUAGAUUGA